UUCGUUAAUCGGCCACAGACUAAGCCACUAAGGUGAGUACGGUCUACGGCCUACGGGAGUUCAAAGAAGAGGGAAAAUGUCGUAGCAGCGCCGCUGGAGCCCGGAGGUAGAAACGACCGCCAUCUGCCGUCUAGGCGGCCGGAAUUUCCGGCCUGUAGUGUCCGCCAUGUGCCGCAUAUCUGCAAUUUUUAGAAAAUAAUGACCACUCCACAACCUCCCAAGAAAGCCAAAGUAGCCAAAUCAACUUUGCAUUCUUAUUUUAGCCACACUGCUCCAACAACAAGUGUACAAGCUGAAAACCCGGUUCCGAAUGAGCAUGAAGAAUCUUCUCAUGUUCAAAAUCAAAUAUCUUCUUCUGUGAUUGAAAUAGAACGGGAUCCUGGUAAAAGAAGAAAAAUAUGUGAUUGGCCUUUUCAGAAAAGAGAUGAAGUUAGGCGGUUAUAUUUGGUGGCUGGGCCUUACCAACCAAAACUGCAGCUCUAUAAAGGUCGACAAUAUAAAGACAAAAUUCGACGUUUUCAACCAAAUUGGUUUAAUGAAUUUAAUUGGCUGGAAUACUCUCCAACAACACACAAGGCAUAUUGCUUUAUGUGCUUUCUGUUUUGUGAUGAUGUGCAUGCCUCCAAUACCUCUGCAUUAGUCCAUAUUGGAUUUGAUAACUGGAAGAGAGUUCAUCAAGGCAAAGCUUGUGUAUUUUUUCUUCACACGGGUACAUCAGCUUAUUCUCCUCAUAAUAAAUGUGUGACAUGUGCUGAUUCUCUAAUGACUCCAGCUCAGCAUAUUGAUAAAGUGAUUGAGAGAGUUAGCAAAGAAGAAGUCUUAAAAAAUCGUUUAAGAUUAAAAACAUCAAUCAUGACUGUGCAGUGGCUAGCGUUACAAGGUUGUGCUUUUAGAGGUCACGACGAGUCUGAAAAAUCUUUGAAUCGUGGAAAUAUGAUAGAACUGAUUACUUACACGGCAAAGUGGAAUGAAGAAGUCAGAGAAGUUGUAUUGGGUAAUGCUCCCAAAAAUGCCAAAUACACUUCACCUGAUAUCCAAAAAGAAAUUUUGUCUUUAAUGGCUAAUAGAGUUCGCCGUAUGAUACGUGAAGAAAUAGGAGAUUCGUGUUUUUGUCUUCUUGUUGAUGAAGCAAAGGAUGAAUCUGAUCGAGAGCAAAUGGCCAUAAUAUUGAGAUUUGUGAAUGUUGCUGGUAUUUUAACAGAACGUUUUUUUGCUAUUAAAGGUGUUGCUGAAACUUCUUCAGAAACACUAAAGCAUGAGAUAUGUGAUGUUCUUUCUCACUACAACCUGCAAGUCCAUAAGCUACGGGGGCAAGGAUAUGACGGUGCUAGUAAUAUGCGUGGACAAUGGAACGGAUUGCAAGCACUAUUUCUGAAUGAUUGUCCUUAUGCAUACUAUGUGCAUUGUUUUGCUCACAGGUUGCAAUUGACAUUGGUGGCUUCAGCAAAACAAUGUGAUCCUGUUUGGAGAUUUUUUUCCAUCUUGGAUAAAGUAAUUAACAUUGUCAAAUCUUCUGCUAAGCGCAACACAGAAUUACAAGCUACUCAUAGAGCUGAAAUUGACAUUCUGUUGGGAAGUGGGGAGCGGGAAUCUGGACGAGGAGCCAAUCAAAUGUCUUCUUUACAACGUUCGGGUACAACUCGUUGGAGCUCUCAUUAUGAUUCUGUUCUUAGUAUGAUAGAAUUAUACAAUGCUACUUACAAGGUACUUGAGAAUAUUGCUUGUGAUGGACCGAAUCCUAAGGCUCGAAAUGAGGCAGAUGGAGCUUGCACUAGCGUGAAGAGUUUUAAUUUUGUCUUUGGCUUGCAUGUAAUGAAAGCUAUUAUGGCUAUAACUGAUUUUCUUUGUCAAGCAUUUCAAAAGGAAUCAGUGGACAUAUUAUCAGCGAUAGGAUAUGUUUCAACAUCCAAAACUCUUCUUCAAAAUCUAAGGGAUGAUGGAUGGGACAAUUUGUUGAAACAAGUUGAAGAGUUUUGUUUAAAACAUAGCAUCACUAUCCCAGACAUGAAGAGCAAAAUGCGGCGCGGGCGGAGUGAGAUGGAUCUUGAGCAUUAUUACCGCUUUGAAUACUUUACUCAAUCCAUAGAUUAUCAAGUGGCUGAGUUGAAUUCAAGAUUUAGUGAGAAAUCUGUUAGACUACUUGAGCUCAGUGUGGCAUUGGAUCCGAGCAACUCCUUUGAAUCCUUUAAUGCCGAUCAUAUUUAUAAGCUUGCAGUGGAGUUUUAUCCUGAUGAUUUUGAGCAACAUGAGCGAAAUGCUUUAAUGAGUGAACUGACAUAUUAUCAUGCUCACGUGGUUCAAAAUUCUCAAUUCGAGGUUCCUACUCUUUCACGUUUAUGUGAAAUGUUGGUGAAAACAAGAAAGGCAGAAGAUUUCAAGAUGUUGACAAGAUUGAUACGUCUUGUGUUAACAUUACCGGUUUCCACGGCUACAACUGAGAGAGCAUUUUCAGCAAUGAAACAUGUGAAGACAGCAAUUCGCAACAAAAUGGCCGAUGAAUUUCUUGCUGAUAGUUUGACAAUCUUCAUUGAAAGGGAACUUGUUAGUACAAUAGAUAUUGACUCUCUAAUCGAUGAAUUUGCUAAAGUAAAAGACCGCAGAGUGCAAUUGACUUUCUAGUUUGGUGCACCAUAUUGGUAGUUGUUUUGUUGUAAUAAAAUUUGUGAUGCACUUGAAAUUAAUUUAUUACUACACUUGUGUUUAAAAUUUUUUUUAUUCAAA